CUAAAGCUCUCAGCCAUUUUGAACUGGGGCUUUGGGCAUCAUGCCCCUUACCUUACUGCGGAACAACGAUACCACUCGUUGCUAUACUUUUUCGUAUUCCAGUGCUUUGUCAAGAACACUGUCGGCAUAACAAAAUUAUCGUUUCUAUUCCUUUAUCUCGACAUCUUUCCACAGAAAAAGUUCCGAAUUAUCUGCUGGGCACUUAUCAUUCAGAUAGCCCUCGGCCUGGUUGCGCUCAAUUUCACAACAAUCUUUCAGUGCACCCCAAUCAAGUAUUCUUGGGAUAAAGCUAUACCUGGCCAUUGGUCAUCUAGCAUCAACAUUGAAGCGUUCUGGUACGGCCAAUCUGGAUGGAACACCCUCAUGGACGUUGUGGUUCUCGUCCUGCCAAUUCCUGUGAUUUUGAAAUUGCAGAUGAAUCGUCGUGCAAAGCUUAGCAUUUUAGCUGUCUUUGUUCUCGGAGCAUUUGUAUGCAUCACAAGUAUCGAGCGUCUGAUUAGUCUCAACUUCAAUGCCACUUUCAUCUUGGACUUCACCUGGGCGACUGGAACAUCAGUCAUCUGGACUCAAGUGGAAUCCACGGUCGGCGUGAUUUGCGCCUGCGCACCGUCGCUGAGAAUGCCGCUGGCUCGAUUUAUUCCCUUUCUGUUU